AUUUCGGCUUAUCGCAGAAAAUGAGCCUUCCUCUGCUCUUCCACCGUUCGUCAGCAUGGACUCUAUCCCUCCGUCUCCAAUGCUCAGGCAAAAUCGGAGCCAGUCCCUGAACUCCACGAACACCAGCUCAGCCCGUUCAAAGGCGAAUGCCGGAUCAGUUUCGUCCUUGUGUAGAACAGAUUCGAGUUUCCUUGGAAAUAAGGAUUAUGCCAUCGGAAUUUUGCUGCUGCUAGUUGUGGUGUUUCUUUGGACCACGUCCAACUUUGUUACACAGGAUCUAUUCCAGGAUGGAUAUGAGAAGGCUUUCCUCGUCACCUAUCUCAAUACCUCAGCCUUCAGUUUAUAUCUACUUCCUUUCCUCAUAAAGUCCUUCCUACCGAAGAUAACCACCACAUGGAGAUUUCGGAAGACCGCGCGAUACGACAGCGGCCAGUAUGAGCCUUUACACUCGGAGGACGUGUACGCAGAUGAUGAUAACUCCGUGGAAACUUAUCUUCACGAGCGAGGGCCAUCUGAGAGCUCUGAACUUCCCCCGUUUACCGUGCGAGAGACUGCUGACCUCGCAUUCAUCUUCUGCUUCAUCUGGUUUGCUGCGAACUGGACAUUAAACGCGUCAUUAGACUAUACUAGUGUGGCUAGUGCAACUAUACUGUCUAGUACCAGUGGAUUCUUUACUCUAGGUCUCGGUCGAAUAUUCCGUGUCGAAACACUGACGCUGGCAAAGAUUGGAGCUGUCUCUACCAGUUUCGUAGGUGUCCUACUGGUCGCUCUAUCUGAUUCUUCUCAGACCACCAGUGAAUCCGACAACCUGGUGUCAACCUCGACCUCAACACGUCACGCAUUGGGUGAUUCUCUUGCUCUCUUUUCUGCAGUAUUCUAUGCUCUCUAUGUUAUUCUCCUCAAAGUCCGAAUACGCUCCGAAUCGCGAAUUGACAUGAAAAUGUUCUUUGGAUUCGUCGGUCUGUUCAAUAUCAUCUUGUGUUGGCCCAUCGGUGUCAUCCUGCAUCUGACUGGCAUUGAAAGAUUCGAGUUGCCCACAUCAGAGAGAGCAGUGGGUGCGCUCUUAGUCAAUAUGGCUAUAACUUGGUCCAGUGAUUACCUCUACGUCUUGGCAAUGCUCAAGACCACGCCACUCGUCGUCACUAUCGGGCUCAGCCUCACCAUCCCACUCGCAGUAUUGGGCGACUUUUUCCUUAGUAAUCCAGUCCGAUCACCUGUGUUAGCAGGCGCACUGCUUGUUCUGAUGAGCUUUGUCGUUGUCGGGGUCGAUGAUGCCAAUGCGGAGCAACAACAGCAAGACCUUGUGGAUGCUUCGAGGAAUUUGGUUGAUGACCCUGAUCGUCCCUGAUCGUCGUGGUCGACAGCGACUUUCUGAAAUCGUUGAAUUGGAGUCAGAUUAAUGACUAUUUACAUGUCUAUCCAUCACCAAGCUACACCUGGUAUAUUUAAAUAGAGUAACUACUGUAACGUUGUUUUUAUCGACGGGAGGAUCGCCCGCAAUAGAGCAAAACUUUGUUGUGACGCUUUGUUG